AUGCAGACGUACAAGGUGGUGGUGAUGGGCAGCUGUAGUGUGGGCAAGAGUGCACUGACCAUCCAGCUGGUCAAGAACUGCUUUGUGUUCAACUAUGAUCCCACCGUUGAAGACUCCUACUGUACCCAGUUGGUGGUGGAUGGUGAGACCUGCCAGCUGGACAUCAUAGACAACACAGGCAACAAGGAGCACCAGGCCUGGCGCCAUCAGUUCAUGCACCAUGGGGAGGGCUUCCUCUGUGUGUACGCAGUGGACGACAUCAAGUCCUUUGUGGAUGUGAACAUCUGUGACCAACUGCAUAAGAUGAAGGACGCUGACCAUGUACCCUUUGUCUUCACGGCCAAUAAGACCGACCUGACCGAUGGCCUGGUGACCCAGGUGCUGGGCCAGGAAGUGGCCAGGAGCUUCAAGGUCCCCUUCGUGGAGACCUCGGCCAAGACUCAGAAGGGUGUGGAGCAGGCCUUCCAGGAGCUGGUACGAGAGAUGUAG